AUGUUCAAUCCUCAGAACCUUUCAGGACAAAAGACCUUCUCCGAAGAACAACCAGGAGUUCUAUCCCCGCUAUACAUAGUCUUCACAUCCGGUAGUACUGGAAAGCCGAAGGGUGUGAAGAUUUCACAUGGAGCACUCUCGUCAGCCUUCCACUACCAAUCGCAACGCCUCGGAUUCAGCAGCAGUCAACGGGUAUAUGACGUCGCGUCCUAUGCUUUCGACAUUGCAGUAUCUACAGCUCUAAUGACCCUCGCAUCAGGAGGUUGCCUCUGUGUUCCUUCUGAUAGAGAGCGAAAAGAUAUGUUGACCGAGUCAUUCGUUGCCUUCAACGCCACCUUGAUCCAUACGACACCUUCUGUUUUCCGAAUGUUCGAUCGUAAAAAGUUGACAAGCCUCCAAUUCUUGUUGAAUGCAGGAGAACCAGCACGCAAAGAUGACUUCGCAGGAUGGCCGACGAGCACCCGCCUUAUUAACACCUACGGACCCGCAGAAUGUACACCUUCUAGCACUAUCGAUAUCCAUGCUGGCGUUGGGCCAGGAAAGUUAUCCACCAAUAUUGGAUUCGGUACUGGUGUGGUGACUUGGGUAGUCGACCCUCAAGACGCCAACCGCUUGGUGCCCAUGGGAACUGUGGGAGAGCUCGUCCUGGAAGGCCCCCUGGUCGGUUUGGGAUAUCUGAACCAGCCGCAAACGACUGCUGCCGCUUUUAUCGAAAACCCUUCAUGGCUUUUGCAGGGCUCCGCGGGGCAUUCUGGCCGCAGAGGCCGCCUCUACAAGACAGGCGAUCUGGUCAGAUACGAGAAAGAUGGCAGUCUUGUCUAUAUCGGCCGCAAAGAUGUGCAGGUCAAGAUUCGCGGCCAGCGCGUGGAACUAGGAGAAGUCGAGCACCACGUCAGACAAUGCCUUCCGGAGAUUGAUGAGAUUGCAGCUACCGUGAUCUCUCCAGGAGGCGACGAUGCCAAACUCAUGUUGGCAGUUUUUAUGGAAUCGGAUACCACUCCCACCACGGCCAAGAUAGUGAGAGUUGAUGAGGCUAUCGAGGAAGCUCUCUCAACUCGAGUUCCUCCCUACAUGGUACCCAGCGUCUACUUCUCCAUGAGAAAGUUGCCGAUGAACACCUCGGGCAAAACAGACCGGAAGCAGCUGCAGCAGAUUGGUUCAAGCUUCACCACUUCACAGAUUGCAGAGCUGGCAAGCGAACCGCAAGCUAACAAGCGCAUGCCUUCGACAAAGACAGAGCGAGUACUGCAGGAGGUAUGGGCACAAUUUUUAAAUCUUGACGCAGACUCCAUUGGCGUUGAUGAUAGCUUCUUCCGCCUAGGCGGAGACUCAAUCACGGCCAUGCUAGUCUCCUCAGCUAUCCGGCAGCGCCUGGGAGAUCUCUCUACUGCCGAUAUCCUCGCAAGGAAGACCAUCACGUCAAUCUCUCAAGUCAUUGGUGAACUUCGUGAUUCUAAAGAUCAGCAACUCAGCAACGGAGCUGUCCGAGCUACAAGUCCUUUUGUGCCUUACUUCGACAUGAACAAGAUCCCAGACAGCACCUGGACCCAGUUGGGAAUUACGACUCACAACCAGGUAGAGGACGUCUACCCGUGCUCAUCCAUGCAAAGCCAUAUGCUCAAGGCUCAGACCAGAGACUCUCGAAUCUAUCGAAUGAUUCAUGAGUUUGAGAUAUCUGGUUCUCCCGGCUUCGACAACGCAAGAAUUGCUGAAGCAUGGCAGGCAGUUGUACAGCAACAUUCUCUUCUUCGCGCAAAGUUCUUCCGCCACGAACAGAAUGAGACAAUGACGGCGAUGCAAAUGAUUCUCAAGAGUCCACCUAUCAAUAUCUCUUUCCAUGACUUGGGCAGUCUUGACAGCAUGCCCACAAGAGAAAUCUCGACACCACCAACCUACGACACUGAAAGCUUACAACAUCACUUGUCUGUCUACAGGACCAGCUCUGACAAGUCACUUGUCCGCCUUGAGAUAAACCACGCAAUCAUGGAUGGCUAUUCCAUAGACAUUCUGUACCGUGACUUCCGGUAUGCUCUCGAACAGCGCCUUGAGUCUACCAAGGCGUCAUUCCGGAACUUUAUCGAAUACGCCGAGGGCUCUCAGCAGGAAUCAUCGCGCGAGUUCUGGACAAAGAAGCUGGCGGAGAUGGAACCCUGCCUGUUUCCCACAUAUGAAAUACGCCAAUCUGGCCAGGGAACCAUGUACGUGAAGGUUCCUGAUUUAGAAGGCGUCCAAAUCCAUGCAUUCUGCGCUCGAAGGGAGAUGACCCUGGCCACCUUGAUCCAAACUGCCUGGGCCAUUGUACUCCAUCGCUUGAGUGGCGGACAGAAUAUGGAGCCCUGCUUCGGCACAAUUAUGUCCUCACGCGAUACGCCUGUUGAUGACAUUACUGAGAUAUUUGGGCCGGUAAUGUGUCUGGUUCCCACUCACGUGCAGCUUAACAAGCGGUCUUCGAUUCUUGAGACCAUGGCCGAUGUACAUGAAGAGUACAUUGGCAAGCUGCCUCACCAGACAUAUCCUGUCAUGGACCUUUACGAAGAGCUCAACGGCGACUCUCAACUGCUUUUCAACACGGCCUUGUCUAUUGUCAGAGGUGAUGGAGCAGUUGAGCCAGUCGAGGCCUGUAACGGAGCUAUCCUUCGCUUCCACGAAGCUCGGGACCCUGUAGAGGUAAGAUUAUCCGACAAUUUGCUGCCGUUACAAAUUACCAUGCUAACCUUUUUGAUCAGUACGAUGUCUACGUCAGAGCGUUGGACGAGAGGAACAAGCUUACCAUCGAGCUUGAGCUGUGGGAAGACCGCAUAUCCCCCAGCUUGGGCACACGUGCUGCUCAUCUUCUCGGACAGAUUCUUUCUUCUAUUGUUUCUUCUCCCGAGAAAGAUUUACAGAGCCGUAGCUGCCAAAGCUACGUUGACGGAUGCUGAAAAAAACAACAACCAGAUUCUGGCAUGA